GAUCAAAUUAAGCAAAAUAUCCGUUGAACAAACUAUCCCACGUGUUCACCGAUAUCGUGUAUAAAUAAGUUGAGUGUUUUUUAGUGAGAAAUCAUGUCAUUUGCUGCAUUAAAUUUAAAUCAAUGGAUUGUCACACAGUGUCAUUCCAUGGGAUUAAAACAUCCCACACCAAUUCAACAAAAUUGCAUUCCAAGAAUAUUAGCGGGUGAUGACUGUAUCGGUUGUGCAAAAACUGGUAGUGGCAAAACACUUGCGUUUGCUCUUCCUAUAUUACAAAAAUUAUCCGAGGAUCCAUAUGGUAUAUUCGCACUUGUUUUAACACCAACUAGAGAACUUGCAUUCCAAAUUGCUGAUCAAUUCUCAGCAAUAGGAAAGUCAAUUGGUUUAAAAAAAUGUGUAAUUGUUGGUGGAAUGGAUAUGGUUGUGCAGGGUUUAGAAUUGUCAAAGCAUCCACAUAUAGUUGUUGCAACUCCCGGACGUUUAGCAGAUCACCUUGAAAGUUGCAAUACAUUUUCUUUGAAAAAAAUUAAAUUCUUAGUUAUAGAUGAAGCUGAUAGACUUUUGGAAGGUCACUUUGAUCAUCAAUUAAAAACUAUAUUUGAUGCUUUACCUAAGCAAAAACAAAUGCUUCUCUUUAGUGCAACAGUGACAGAUACUCUUGACAAAAUAAAACACAUAGCAUCUAGUAAGGUCUUUCUAUGGGAAUCCAAAGAUGAAUCAGGUGUAGUUACAGUUAAAGAACUUGAUCAACGUUAUGUACUUUGUCCAAGUGAUGUUCGUGAUUCUUUUUUAAUAGAAGUAAUUAGAACAUUUCGAGCAAGUAACAAGGAUGGUUCUAUAAUGAUCUUUACAGAUACUUGCAAAAAUUGCCAAAUACUGUCCAUGACAUUAAAUGAUGUUGGAUUUACAAAUGCAGCACUGCAUGCAAUGAUAAAACAGAGGGAUCGCCUUGCAGCACUUGCUCAGUUUAAAUCCAAUCAUGUGAAAAUUUUAAUAGCUACAGAUGUUGCAGCAAGAGGUUUAGAUAUUCCUGCAGUUGAAUUAGUUAUAAAUCACAUCAUACCAAAUGUCCCAAAGGAGUACGUCCAUAGGGUAGGAAGAACAGCUAGAGCAGGCAAAGAUGGUAUGGCAGUUACCCUAAUAACUCCAUAUGAUAUUAAAUUGUUACAUGCCACCGAAGAUACUAUUGGCACAAAGCUGACAGAGUACAAAGUUAAUGAUAAAGAAAUAGUUACAAUCUUAACGCAAAUAUCUGUUGCUAAACGAGAAGCAGAAAUGAAACUAGAUGAAACAGAGUUCUAUGAAAAAAAAAUUAUCAAUAAACGUAAAAAACUCAUUCUUGAAGGAAAAGAUCCGGAUGAAAUUGAGGAGAUACUAGAAAAGAAAAAGCGUCAUAAAUCAAAGAAAAAAUAUAAAGUUCAUGAACUUACACACGAUAAAAAUAAAAUAUAA